AGUACAACAUAAUUAAUAUUGUUAAGUAAUAUCUGAUUAAUUUUUUUAUAUGUUUUAUUAGUGCCUAUUGUAACAAUAAUAUUGCAUUAUAUGUAUGUAUUAUUAUUUACAUAUCCAAAAAUAAUAGAUUUUAAACAAGUGCCAUUUCCAAAUUAUCAUAACUAUGACUAUAAAUAGUAUAUAUAAUUUACGAAGCAAAAAUGAGGCAGUAGCUUAAUUCCUUAGAACCAAAUGUUUCAUAAGUAGUACAAAGAAACGAAAUUUGGAACAUUAUAAAAGAUGGACGAAAUCGAAGAUAUUAGAGGAAUUCUUAUAUGUUCUUAUAACUCAGUAUAUGCAAAUACUUAAUACGUAAGACAAAAAACUUUGUACGAUGUUGUCUAGAACGAUUUAUAAUUUCGUGCAGAGGACAAUACGUGACAAUAAACGAAUAUUUCAUACAUUACGAAAUGUACGGAAAUUUAAUUGUCAACAAUAUAAUUUAAUUGUAAAUCAUUUGUAUUUAAAACAAAACUCUAACCUCAUGAUACUUAAAAGAUUCAAGAGCAAGAAAGAAGCUUCUGAAGAAGUAGAUGAAAAUGACAAUGAAGAAAACGAAUCUCUCGAAGUAGAUGAUUAUCUACUGACAAAAAAUUCGAAAAUAAUUAAUGCUACUGUAUCUUCUCUUCGUGUAGAUGCUAUUGCUAAGGUAGCAUUUGGAUUGUCACGCAACUUGAUAGAUAGAGCAUUUUAUGAUAGCAAUAUUCGUAUUAAUGGAAAGAAAAUUCUAAAAAAAUCUCACCAGGUGGAGGUUGAUGAUGAAAUUGAUUUAGUUGUUGACCGGGAUACUAAAAAUCCAAAAUUAAUAAUAGUACAUCGUUCUAUAUUAUUAAAGGCCAAAGGAAACGUCGACUCUAUUAGUGUAAAAUUGCUUAGAAAUAAGUCUUUAUUAAUUGAGGAUUAUCCUGAGCCAUGGGAUGGUAUGGCAUAACAUUGGAAAAAACUAAUAAAUUUAAAACUUAUUCAAUAUGUAUAUGCCAUGUAUAGUACCAUUUUAUUCUUUUAAAUAAUUAUCAUCUUCAAAUAAUUCAUAAAUAAUUAAAUUCAAAGGUUAUGAAAUGUAUCAUAAAUAUUUAUUUAACAAUUGUAUACAAAGUAUAAAUACACAAGACUGCAUGUAUGGAAAUAAU